AUGCACCGCAAGUGUUCGUCAGUAUUGGCUGUCGUUUCCCAGCAUAGUGUUUGUUUACCGAAUGAGUUAAAUCAGACCAUGAAUUGGAAAUAUAAUUUAAUAAAUGAAACACAAGAACAACAUCCUUGUACACCCUCAUUAGAGAAGUAUGUGUUCUUGCAUCUUAAAUUUGAUAUAUAUUGGAUUUUUCAUGCUAUUCAAAGAGCUGAAAAAAAUGGUGAUAUAUCAACUGUGCCAUUAAGUACAAUACUUGAUAAUUAUAAGUAUUUUUCAUGGAUAUCAUUGAUUGUUCAAUUAUUUAUUGUUAUUAGUAUAUCCGUAUCUUAUAUGUAUGACAAUGGGCUCAGCGUUGCAUCACACGAGUAA